CCUGCACAUGCAUUUCCGCUCACUAUCCCCACGCUGUAGCGUUUAUCAAGCUACAUUCAGUGGGCACAAUAUUGUAAGGAAAUUAGCGAAUCCUUUAACAAAAUGAGGCCUUUAACAGACGACGAGACAAAAACGAUGUUUGAGAAACUCUCCAAAUACAUUGGUGAGAACAUCAAACACCUGGUGGAUCGACCCGAUGGGACAUAUUGCUUCAGACUUCACAAUGACCGUGUAUAUUACAUCAGUGAGACAAUUCUGAAGUUGGCUACCAACAUCUCCCGUGAUAAGUUGGUGUCGGUGGGCACCUGCUUUGGGAAGUUCACCAAGACCAUUAAGUUCCGCCUGCACAUCACAGCACUGGAUUUUCUGGCACCAUAUGCCAAGUUCAAGGUGUGGGUUAAGCCUGGGCAGGAGCAGUCCUUCCUCUAUGGGAACCAUGUGUUGAAGUCUGGUCUGGGGAGGAUCACAGAGAACACCAACCAAUACCAGGGUGUGGUGGUGUAUUCCAUGGCAGACGUACCGCUGGGUUUUGGAGUGGCAUCCAAGUCCACCCAGGAGUGCAGGAGAGUGGACCCCAUGUCCAUCGUUGUGUUCCACCAGGCAGACAUCGGAGAGUUCAUCAGGUCUGAGGACACGCUUACAUAGGGAGUCAUCAGGUCUGAGGACACGCUUACAUAGGGAGUCAUCAAACUGGACUAUCAAUUAUCUCCUCGGGGACCACCCUACAAACUGGACUAUCAAUUAUCUCCUCGGGGACCACCCUACAACCUGGACUAUCAAUUAUCUCCUCGGGGACCACCCUACAACCUGGACUAUCAAUUAUCUCCUCGGGGACCACCCUAGAGGGUUGGGAGGUACAGCUAUGUGACUGAUGGUCCCUGAGAGGUUUGGGGAGACCCUGGUCUUCAGGAUAUGAUUGUGUAUUUCCCUCUAAUUACCAAGGGGCCAGUGACUGUCUGGAGUUUCAUCAAGCUGUCAGCGACCAACAUCCGUCACUAUGGCUGAGUGACUUACAGUCAGCUACCCAACAUCCCUGUCACUAUGGCUGAGUGAUUUAUUAAUCUACCCAACAUCCCUGUCACUAUGGCUGAGUGACUUACAUUCAGCUACCCAACAUCCCUGUCACUAUGGCUGAGUGAUUUAUAUUAAUCUACCCAACAUCCCUGUCACUAUGGCUGAGUGAUUUACAGUCAGCUACCCAACAUCCCUGUCACUAUGGCUGAGUGAUUUAUAUUAAUCUACCCAACAUCCCUGUCACUAUGGCUGAGUGAUUUACAGUCAGCUACCCAACAUCCCUGUCACUAUGGCUGAGUGAUUUAUUAAUCUACCCAACAUCCCUGUCACUAUGGCUGAGUGAUUUACAGUCAGCUACCCAACAUCCCUGUCACUAUGGCUGAGUGAUUUAUAUUAAUCUACCCAACAUCCCUGUCACUAUGGCUGAGUGAUUUACAGUCAGCUACCCAACAUCCCUGUCACUAUGGCUGAGUGAUUUAGUCAGCUACCCAACAUCCCUGUCACUAUGGCUGAGUGAUUUAGUCAGCUACCCAACAUCCCUGUCACUAUGGCUGAGUGAUUUACAGUCAGCUACCCAACAUCCCUGUCACUAUGGCUGAGUGAUUUAUAUUAAUCUACCCAACAUCCCUGUCACUAUGGCUGAGUGAUUUACAUUAAUCUACCCAACAUCCCUGUCACUAUGGCUGAGUGAUUUACAUUAAUCUACCCAACAUCCCUGUCACUAUGGCUGAGUGAUUUACAGUCAGCUACCCAACAUCCCUGUCACUAUGGCUGAGUGAUUUACAUUAAUCUACCCAACAUCCCUGUCACUAUGGCUGAGUGAUUUACAUUAAUCUACCCAACAUCCCUGUCACUAUGGCUGAGUGAUUUAUUAAUCUACCCAACAUCCGUCACUAUGGCUGAGUGAUUUACAGUCAGCUACCCAACAUCCCUGUCACUAUGGCUGAGUGAUUUACAGUCAGCUACCCAACAUCCCUGUCACUAUGGCUGAGUGAUUUACAGUCAGCUACCCAACAUCCCUGUCACUAUGGCUGAGUGAUUUAGUCAGCUACCAACAUCCGUCACUAUGGCGGAGUGAUUUAUUAAUCUACCCAACAUCCCUGUCACUGGCUGAGUGAUUUACAGUCAGCUACCCAACAUCCCUGUCACUAUGGCUGAGUGAUUUAUUAAUCUACCCAACAUCCUUGUCACUAUGGCUGAGUGAUUUACAUUAAUCUACCCAACAUCCCUGUCACUAUGGCUGAGUGAUUUAUAUUAAUCUACCCAACAUCCCUGUCACUAUGGCUGAGUGAUUUAUUAAUCUACCCAACAUCCCUGUCACUAUGGCUGAGUGAUUUAUAUUAAUCUACCCAACAUCCCUGUCACUAUGGCUGAGUGAUUUACAGUCAGCUACCCAACAUCCCUGUCACUAUGGCUGAGUGAUUUAUAUUAAU